CCUCGCAACUAAAUCCCUAGGCAUAUCCAUCACAACACUUCGCCGGGUCUCGCAAACGUCACAACAGUUUGAUAACUUCUCUAUUCGCAAUCGACUUCGUGUAGUGAGGUUUAGGAGCUGCUCUCUAAAAAAUAUCGGUGUGGUUUAUCUACGUAGUCUUACAGGCCUCUGGGUUAGUGUUUGACUCUCGGAAAUGUUCACGGAGAGAGCCAUCGUGAUACUUAUCCUACUCAACCACCAGUUCAAGGACGUUUAUGGUGCCGGAACAUGUGCCGAUAUUCCUCAGGAUGUCUGUCCUUAUGGAGUUUCUGAGUAUACCGGUGAAUGGGUGAAAUAUGUUCCCAAGUACCUAACACGUGAUCACCCCGAGUACGACGUCAGAACACCACCGGAAGCACGUGACAAGGUUAACUUGUACUGCGCCCAUCCAGCUUGUUACUCCAAUCCAUGUCUUCAUGGAGGAAGCUGCAUGGAAGAACUUGACGGGUUCAGUUGCUCCUGUCCUGGGAUCUAUUCCGGAAUUCAGUGUGAACAACAUGCAUGUGACUCCAAUCCUUGUCUUCAUGGAGGGACAUGUGUGGAGGAGCUUGGUGGCUAUAAUUGUUCCUGUCAUGGAGGCUAUGUGGGAAUUCACUGUGAGAAGUCUGAAUUCGGGAUCCUACCCUGCAGUAUAAUUAUAGGGAUAUUCAGUGGUCGGUAG